AUGGCUGCUGCAAUCAAAGCCCUCAAUGCGAAGAUUCGCUCAAACAAGUACACGGAUUACUUCUGCUCGACUCAUUUCUGGGGUCCGGCGAGUAACUUUGGUAUCCCGAUUGCGGCGAUUGCGGAUAUGAGUAAGGAUCCUGAAAUCAUCUCCGGCCGCAUGACCGGCGCCCUUACCCUCUACUCCGGCACCUUUAUGCGCUACGCCCUAGCUGUCACACCAGCAAACUACCUGCUGUUCGGCUGCCAUGCCAUCAACUUCUCCUCGCAGCUCGUCCAAGGCUACCGCUACCUCAAUUACUGGAAUUUCGGCGGCAGGGAAGCCAGUCUCGAGGCGAAGAUGAAGAGUGGGGCUGAGACGGUGGGGGAUAAGGCGAGCGCGGUUGCGGCCAAGGUGGAGGAUAAGGCUAGGGGGGUUGUUGGGAAGUAA